CCGGUUUUUUAAAAUUACUCUAUAUGGAAGGGAUUGAAUUAAAUAUAGAGGAGGUUAUCUCCCGAAUUGCUGCAGUAGUGGGAUGUGGUCCUUAUUACGGCGUUGAAAACUGCGUAGUUUAUCAGAACCUUUAUACCCUGAAUAUUUUGGACAAACUAAAACAUGUCGAGGAAAGCAUAAGCGAAGAAAGCACAGAGCGUUUGGCAGCCGGAAUAAUUAAAUUUCUUGUUUUAAUAAAAAGCUUAAUCUCGUGGAGAAAAGAUGAUAAUGUAGAAUCCCAAGGACUUAACUUAAAGGAGCUAAAAAAUUUUUUAGCUUCCGUGGAGGAUGCCGAGCAAAAUGCAACUUUGACAACCGAAAAACUUAAUUUAUGGGAUGUUAUUAUGCAAUUAAACCACGAGGCUUGUUUACAAACUGAAAAAUGUUUAUGGGAUCGCAGUGAGGUAACUGAAGCUAAACGUGAAAGCGCAAUUCCCUUUAAAGAAUUAUACUUUUCUCAACUGACUAAUGCUUUUGCUCAAAGCUUAGACGUCAUAAGAACGGAGAAGAGCUUUGACGACUCGAGGAUCACCUCUUUAAUAGAUGCACUUGAGUCUGGCGCCGAUAUAUGGUGCGACUCUGCCGAACACCAGUUGUUAUGGUAAAACAGAAACCUUUAAUGAGAAAACCGCUUCACUGAUUUCAAGUAGUGUUAGCUUUGGUGGAGCCAUCAAAGUCAUUAAUAAACUCCAAUAUUUCUUGUACUAACCCGACACACUCUUUG